ACAGAGAGAGAGGGACCGGGGGGGGGACACAGCCCGGGACCGGGGGGAGUUGUCGGCUCCUGGAGCGGAACCAUGAAGCUGAGCCUGUAAGAUGCCGGAAUGACAUGCAAUGAAUGCUCCCUGAUGUGGCCCCCAACGGGGAAAUGAACGUUGGCUAAUUCCACUAGUUUUCGGGCGAUCCUCAGUCACUGAUGCGGUCCACGUGGAGGAUGUUUGAGAAGAAUUUUCUUGAUCGCCAUACAGAUAUUGUCCAGUUCCUAUUCCCCUAAUCUUGGGACCUUUCAAGUUUGCAUAUUGUAGUAAGACUGUGGUGAUCCAUCUUAACAAGAGUAAUGGAUCAUCGAAAAGAAAAUGGGAGCUUUGUCCCCUCGUUUACAGAUUUGGAAGGUUUUCUUACUGAACAUGAUUCUAAUGUUGUGUGGCUCUUUGUUGCUACAAUUUUAUCAUGUGGAUGGAUUAUUUACUUGACCUACUACAACUCUCGUAACUUAGGACUGAUAUUGACACUGGUUCUCAACAGACUUUAUAAAAAUGGAUAUAUCCACAUUGGUUCUUUUUCAUUUUCUGUGCUGUCCGGAAAGGUCAUGUUUCGUGAAAUUUAUUACAUCAAUGAAGACCUGUCCAUCAGAAUCCAAGAUGGGUUUCUCAUCUUCAGAUGGUGGAAAAUGUACAAUCCUAAGCAGAAGCAGCACGAUCCAAGAGCGGAAACAAGACUGUAUAUGACAGUGAAUGGCUUUGAAUUCCACGUUUACAACCGCUGUGACCUAUAUGCACAUUUAGAAGAAGUAUUUGGAUUGGAACCAACAAUAAUUUUUCCCAAAAAAGUAGGCAGAAAGAUCAAAAAACAUGAAGGGAAAGACAAGUCUAAUCUUGAAAGUGCUAAAACUGAAACACAAGACCCCUCAUCGUCCUGGCGAUCAUUGAUUCCAGUCAUUAAAAUGGAUAUCAAUACAGGUCGUUUGGCAUUUGGAAAUCGCUUUUUGCCUCAAACGCUUUGCAUAAAUUUUGAUGACGCUUUCCUGACCUAUACUACAAAACCACCUUCUAGUCAUCUUGAUCGUUUUAUGCACAUCGUGAAAGGGAAAUUGGAAAAUGUUCGAGUCAUGCUUGUUCCUAGUCUGAAAGCUGUUGUCGUUCAAAAUGAUGAGCCACCUCGUUUGAUGGGAGAGGGUUUUGUGGUAAUGCAGUCAAAUGAUGUUGACAUCUAUUACUACAUGGAUACCCCAGGUAUUGUCCCUGAAGAAACUGAAGAAAUUGCUGAAGAGGAUCCUUCCAGUGAAAAUACAAAACUACAGGACUUGCCACCAUGUUGGGGACUUGAUAUAGUUUGUGGCAAAGGAACAGACUUCAACUAUGGACCAUGGGCAGAUAGACAGAGAGAAAGUCUAUGGAAAUUCUUCUUCCCAGCUGACUACCAGCCAUUGAAGGUCACUGAGAUAGCAAAACCUGGGACUCCAAGGCAGAUCCUCGCAUUUGAAUUACGCAUGAAUAUUAUUGCAGAUGCCACCAUUGAUUUACUGUUUACCAAGAACCGGGAGACCAAUGCCAUACAUGUAAAUGUUGGAGCAGGCUCAUAUUUGGAAGUCAACAUUCCUAUGACUGUAGACACAAACGGAUAUUCACCAACAAUUAAAGGACAACUGCUGCACGUGGAUGCAACCAGUAGCAUGCUGUAUCGAACUCUAUUGGAGGCAGAAAUGUUAGCGUUUCAUGUAAAUGCAAAUUAUCAAAAGAUAUGGAAUAUGCCUCAAGCAUGGCAGUGCGAAAUUGAAGUGUAUAAGGCGACUUACCAUUUUAUCUUUGCCCAGAAGAAUUUCUUUAUAGAUUUGAUACAAGACUGGGUAAGUGACAGCCCCCCUGACAUCUACUCCUUUGUUCCAUACAUUUGGAAAUUUAAAGUGAUGUUUCACCAGUUUGAGAUGAUUUGGGCAGCAAAUCAACACAAUUGGAUCGAUUGCUCCACCAAACAACAAGAAAACGUCUAUUUGGCAGCAUGUGGAGAAACUCUGAACAUUGAUUUCUCCUUGCCUUUUAAUGACUUUGUACCAGCUACCUGCAACACAAAAUUCUGCUUGAAGGCAGAAAAUAUGGAUUUACGUUUGUUUCUGCCAGACUGUCACCCGAGCAGAUAUGCAGCAGUUACAUUGGCAAAUGAUUCUCAACCUAACAAAGUACCUCCAGAAAUCUCUUCUUCAAGUGAGACUCAAAAUAGUAGUCAGAAAUUAAGGAAACCCAAAUGGCGUAAUAUUACUGAACCAGAGACUGACUGGAUCGAGUGUUGGUCUGUACCAAACAUUAUGCUCAUCAUCGACUAUACCUGGCAUCCCAUCUACCCUCAAAAAGCUGAUGAACAGUUGAAACAAAGUUUGGUCCAAAAUCCGGAAUUAACAUCUGUGUCGAGACCUUCACAGAAGUCUGCAGAGCGAGUUAUUUCAUCUCCAACAGGUUCAAACAGACCACCCAUAGAUCCAUCAGAACUUCUGCCUGAUAAGCUGCAUGUGGAACUAGAAAUGCCUUUUGAUUCCCAAAUCAUUCUGUACGGGCCAGUGCUUAAAGCACUGUUGAGUAUCAAGGAGAACUACUUUGGAGAAGAUGACAUGUACACAGAUUUUGAAGAAACUGUUUCGAGCCCUGUGUUGUCAUUAUCAACAUCUUCUAGUUCUGGCUGGGCUUCGGUGGGAGUUGAAGAAGUGCAGAAGAAGGAGGCGGAGAAUGGAGGCAAGCAAAUCCACCCACUUUCACUCCGCCCAUGGGACAUCUCUGUCCUCAUUAAUUUGUACAAAGUGCAUGGAAAGCUCCCAGUGCAUUGCAGCAGCGAUGGGUCAGAGUGUCCCACAGCAUUCAUGGAGAGGCUUUGUUUUGAGAUGAAGAAGGGCUAUAAGGAGACCAUGUUACAGCUUGUCUUGUCACCAAUUUACCUUUUUGUGAGUGACAACUACCCGAGACCAUCUGUGGAUGGAUUGCUUCGUGAAGGUCACAUCAGCCUGUCUGGACUGCAGUUGCGAGCACAUGCCAUGUUCUCAGCAGAGGGGCUACCUUUAGGUUCUGCGACAUUGGAAUAUGCGUGGCUGAUUGAUGUGCAGGCAGGCUUGCUUACAGCUAAAGUAACUUUGCCGCAGUUGGGAACCUUGCUGGAGUGGGGCCAGACAUUCGUGUUUCAUGUAAUGUGCCAAGAAUUUGAGUUGGAGAGGCCCAAGUCUGUGGUAUUGUGUCAGCAUGGGGUUGAUCAGCGUUUCUGUGAAUCCAAGCUUAAAAGUGUCAGUGGACCAUGCCAACGGUCAGAUGAUGUGAAAUAUACUAUGACUCGGCUAGCAGUUGAUGGAACGGAUCUCUUCAUUGUUGAGCAUGGUUGUGCAGCCAAUGUUAAGACAGGAGCCGUUCGUAUUGCUACAUGUAAUCUUCAUAACCAGGCGGUUGGAGAAGGAGUGAGUGCUGUUGUGCAGGAUGUUCAGCUGAGACAAUAUAUUGAACAACUCGAAAAUUGCAGGCUUGGAAUUCAAUCCAAUGUACUUCGGCGAUCAUUUUGGCUCGAAGCCGGUUCAAUAAAUUUUGGAUUAAUUACCGCAGAUGUGGCUUUAGCUGCAGACCACCCUGCAAAGCAUGAAGUUCAAAGACUCUUCUUAGAAACUCAUGACAAACGAACAAAGAGACUGUGGUUCCUUUGGCCAGAUGAUGUUAAACAUAAACGUGCCAAGAACAAAUGUGGCUGCCUCGGUGGUUGUAAGUUCUUUGCAGGCACUGCCUCUGGAUUGGAGUUUUUCAAAUUGGAUGAAAUGACCCCCUCUACCAGCUCUGCCGCCUCAACUGCAAGCACGGAUUCCGAUAUGUUCUACGGACAGUCAUUGCUGCACCCCAAUGAAUGGAUCAUUACCAAGGACAUUUCCAAGAUCGUGGAUGGUAAAGCAGGUGGGACCAAAAGAAAAGAGUGGGAUUCGAGGUCACUGGGAAUUGAUGCUGAGAGAAAGAACCAGCUUCUCAGUUUGCAGGUGCCUUUACGAUCUCACAGUUCAUCCUCUUCUGAAGAAAACAGCAAUUCUAGUGCUGCCAUUCCUCUGCUUGCAAGUGAGAAAGGCAGCCCUUCCUCUACUGUUGAGGACAACAUUGUACAGGUGGAGUUUCCUGCUCCCAGCACAAAGCCAGAAGAAACUAAUAGGAAUGCUUCGGCAGAUGUUGCAGGGAGCAGCCCGGUUUCACCCAAUAAUCAAGAUCGAUCGUUAGUUCGCUCUCCUUUGAAACGCCAGGCCUCUGUUUCUUCGACACGUCUUGGGAGCACUAAAAGUUUAUCUGCGGCCUAUUACAGCGAGCGGCAACCAGCACCGAUGGGUGUACAGUUCAGCAGCGAAGUAUCCCGCAGCGAUGAGAACGUUUUGGAUUCGCCUCGUCAGAGGAGGAGCUUUGGGUCGUUCCCCUUCACUCCAUCAGCUGAUUCAAACACUUUCCAUCAGUAUCGUUCAGCUGAUUCCAGCAUAUCUGUAGCUGACAGCGAGGCCUACUUUUCUGCAGUUGAGGAUUUUGAUCCAGUUAGCAGUGACGAAGGUCCAGGAACCUACCCUGGAAGGAAGAAGAGGAGGCGAACACAAGCAGUUGACUACAGCAGGAGUACAAUUUACCACAGUGUAGACGGGCCAUUAAACUCCUCCGUUAAUGGUGAGAAUCGGGAACCAAAGGUCUUUCCUAUUAAAGCACAUGCCUCUCAGGCCUCUUUUGUAUCUGCUCUUGGAGGGGACGACGAGACAAUUGAUCAGAUUUAUUCAGAGGGAGAGAAAGUUCUGGACCAGAAACCCGCAUCUUGCCAUCAGUUUGUGAUGUCGUGUUAUCUGAACUACCUCACACAACUGCAAGUGUCCAACUGGUCGGUAAAGCAGCCGACAAACAAGAGAACUUCAAAAUCCUCGCUGCAUCGGCCUUUGGACCUUGACACGCCAACCAGUGAAGAAAUCUCAAAUUCAUUUGAUCAACUUUCAAUCCCAACCUUUAAGGUGGUAAAACAAGGCCUUGCAGCAAAUGCGUUGUUAGACAGAGGUGUUCAACUGAUGGGGUCGACUUCAAGUGCUCCUUAUACUCCAUUGGAAAAAAAGUCUAUGGAACAUACAGACGAUGAGACCAUUACUGAACAGUGGAGUCUAGAUCAACCAGUCUCUCAAACUAGGACCACCGCCAUCGUGGAAGUGAAGGGAGCAGUGGAUGUUGUUCUUACCCCACUUGUAGCAGAAGCCUUAGACAGAUACAUUGAGGCAAUGAUCCACUUUGCUAGUAAUUGGCAUCCCGCUGCGAUUGUGGGUGACCUGCAUGCUAAAGCGCUGAAGGAAGCUCUCCUGAACAGCAAAUCCUCUGGUCCUGAGUCGGGGUCUGUAAAGCAUGAAGCACGUACCUGCAAAAUAGAAAAUGCCCCAUCUGGAAUAACAAGACCAGGGCAAACACAAAAAAAUCCACCAGCAAAACAAGAUAAUGUGAAAAUAAAGGGUCUUCAGGCUAAUGUUUCUAUACCAAAGGUGAAUUUAUGUCUUUUGCAAGCAUCCAUUGAAGAAUCUUCAGUAUCCAACACAACAAAGAAUGUUACUCAUGUGUCCCUGGUUACGCUGUGCUUUGACAGAAUUUCGACUCAAAUCCUGAUGAAUAGGGGUAUAGUGGAGGAUGGACUCAACAACCCAGAUGUUGGCAGAGGAUCUGUAACAUUUGACAAGUACGUGAAUGCUAAUAAAAUGCAACCGCAGUCAUCUGGUUCCCUUCGGUCAAACGCAGGAGCAGAGAGAGGAAAAGAAAUAGCAGCCAAACUCAAUAUCCAUCGCAUACAUGGCCAGCUACGUGGUCUUACAACAUCAGACAUGGGGUCGUGUGCAAUUACUGCCAUUCCUUUUGAGAAAUCAAAAGUGCUUUUCACGUUGGAGGAGUUGGACGAUUUUACGUUUGUGGACGAGACUCAACCAAAUCGAGAUGCAAACGCAAACCGAUCCUGUCACAGUUUCGAGAAGUGGGGGUGGAUAAUGUUUGAAUGUGGUAUUGAAAAUUUAACGAUUAAAGGGGGAAGACAGUCGGGGGCUGUUCUGUACAAUGUGUUUGGGAUCCUUGGAAAAUACAAUCCUACAGAGAAAAAUGGGUUGCUAAAGUCUGGAGAUUCCACUGGUUCUCCAACUGGCAGUGGUUAUAGCACUGAUGCUUCAGAAGCUUAUCUCCCCCAUGAUGGAAGAAGUCCAUCAUCAGAUGUCAAUGCCAAUUCAGAGUCAGAUGAUCAGGACGAAGGUGUUGAAUCAGAUGAUCUUAAGAAGGAUCUUCCCCUCAUGCCACCUCCCCCAGAUUCCAGCAGUAUGAAGCUUACUAUCAGUGAAAUCUGGUUCAGCUUUGCAGCUCCGACUAAUUUGCAUUCCCCUACUGAGAUUUAUUCCAGGCAACUGAACCUUCUAAGCACCGCCACUCCGGCUAUUAGUGCAUGGCUUAUUCCUAUUGAUCAAAUGAAAUCCUCUUUGAAUAAAUUGGAAAUGGAAAGAACCCUCCGUGUGUGUGCUGUGAUGGGCUGCAUCAUGACAGAGGCUCUAGAGAGAAAAAAUGUACAUUUUCUAUUGAAGAGCAAGUAUAACAGAGUUACCAAAUUGGCCCGGUAUCUGCAGGAAAACCCCUCUUGUUUGCUGUGCAAUAUACUUCAGCGAUAUUUGCACCAGGCAGACUAUGCUGUUAUUGAGGAUGCCACUAUGAACAAUGGGCUUCCUGCGCUUGUCACACUAAAGAAAGGUUUGGUGGCAUUGGCCAGGCAGUGGAUGAAGAUCAUUGUGGUCACUCCAGCUUUCAAAGGAGUCGGUUUACUCCGACCAGCACAUUUGCCAAAGCUCCCGUCAGCAUUACAACGUGCCCGAGAAGCUCGUGGUCUGGACAACGGAGGAGCCGUGCAAAGUGAUACAAGUGCGGAUGGAGCAGAGUUUGAAUUUGAUGCAGCUACAGUUAGUGAACAUACCAUGCUGUUGGAAAGCAGUCGUCCCCCAGCAGGUGGAAUCUCUUCAGGACCAGUGACCGGCUCUGACAUUAUACGGAAGUUAUCCAAAACAAACGCCCACACCAACGAUUCCACUGUGAAAAUAAGAGGGGUCCAUCCCUAUCAGUCUCUCAGCUACACCAGUGGCGAUACCGUCGCAGAUUCACCAGCCCAUGUCAGUCGUGCAGGAAUGCCAAUGAGAGACAGCCCGAGAAAGGAAAGUCUGUUGAGCUACCUCACUGGGAGCUUCCCAAGUCUUCACAAUCUGCUAGAAGGAACGCCCCAACGGGGAGCAGCAGUAGUUAAAAGCAGUUCACUCACGCGAACAGGAAAUGCUGUAGCCACAGAGAUGCUAUCGGAGCACCCUCUGCUGUCUGAGCCAUCAUCAGUCAGUUUUUAUAACUGGAUGUCAAAUGCUGUGAGCAACCGGGGAAGUAUCACUCAGGAAUCCCCUGUCAUCAGAUCUGGACACAACAGCCUCCAACCAGGUUUAACCUAUAAUCUGCCUACAAUACCAUCUGCUUCUGACUUUAAUACAGUACUAUCUAGCGACCAGAACACACUGGAUGGCACGCAGUCUCAGAACAGUACCAGCCAAGAUGACAUUGCGGCUUUUGAGAGGAAUCAGGGGCCGCCUGCUGUUCAGCUGGCUGACGCACAGGUUGUCUUCAAGCCUUUGCUGAAUCAUAUUGGAAUACAGUCACAAGAUGUCGUACCACUGACUUAUGGCAUGUAUUUUGGGGAACAUUUGUCAUUCUCUGGAAGUCUGGACUGCCUAAGGUCAGAUAUUGUUGACUCGGACACAAAAGAAAGCAAGACCUGGAGAACAAGGCAAGGCCCAAUAAUAAGCAUUCCACCUCUCGACUUCAAACCAGCACUAAUGUUCAACACCUUCUGCAUAAAUGCUGUUGUGAUGGACAGAUCAACUUGCAAUCAAAACUCAAACAAUGCACUUUCUUUCCACGACCUGAGCAGGCGUCACCACAACACUUUCCAUGUUAAUUUCACAAUUUCCUGCCAGUCAAUCAGCCAGCACGUGGACAUGGCUCUUGUUCGCCUCAUUCACCAAUUCAGCACCAUGGUUGAUGACAUCAAGGCCACUCAGACGGACAUUAAGCUCAGUAGGUAUACAGCUGGGUCUGCCUCUCCCACCCCGACCUUUAAAUCACGUAAGCAUCGGGAUUUCCGGUCAUCGGAUUUCAGUCGUAGUUCUCGAGGCAGCCUUAACGGAGGCUACAGAGGAAAUAGCACAAAAACAAACAAAAAACUGGGAAAUGACAACAACAAAAGAGAACUGCGCAACAAAAGCGCAUCCACUCGGACAGAGAGAAGGACAUCCAAGGUCUCCAGGAAAGGUUCAAAGGACGCAGAUCAUGUAACUAUUCACAUGGAUGACUCUGACUCGAUCACUGUGUCGGAGCAAAGUGAACCUUCUGCAGAGUGCUGGCAGAAUAUGUACAAACUCCUUAACUUCUACUCACUGAUAUCAGAUCCCACUGGAAUUCUGGAAAAAUCUUCCCGUGAUGCACUAAGUCCCACAGAAAUGUGUAACAGAAGCCCUACAGAACCUGCUUGCAGAGUCAUUUUUGAAAAUGAACAGGACAGCUCAAGCCCAAACAAACUAUCCCGAAAGCGAAGCUUGGUCAAUACUGAACCCCAGCAUGUUACCCUCAUAGUCUUCGGGGUUGGUAUGGUCAACCGUACACACCUGGAGGCAGACAUUGGUGGCUUAACAAUGGAGGCAGAGCUUAAGAAGAUUCAUGGAAGUUUUACUGUGAAGGAGAAAAUGAAAGACGUUUUGCACCAAAAGAUGACUGAGACGUGUGCAACUGCUCACAUAGGCGGUGUCAACAUAGUACUGCUGGAGGGCAUAACGCCAAACAUACAGCUGGAGGAUUUUCCUACUUCACCUACAAGUACAGUCAAACAAGAAUUUCUGACCGUGGUUAAAUGCAGCAUUGCCAAAUCUCAGGCUCUUUAUAGUGCCCAACGAGGGCUAAAGACCAACAACACAAUGGUGAUAAAAGUAGGAACCAUUAGCAUUAAUAUUCCACAGCAUCCUGCUACACUGCACAGCAUGAUGGUUCGAAGCUCUCACCAGCUCUCUAAGCAGAUUUCAGAUCUCAUUCGUCAGCCAUCGACAAUGAGUGGGCGAUUAUCAAAAGAGGAUCUUUCCACUCCCCUUCCUCCUGACAAGCCUCUUCCAAGUGUCAACCAGACACCAGUGGAGACAAAUGAAUUUCCUCAGCUUCCCGAAGGAUUGGAGAAAAAACCAAUUGUACUGAAAUUCAGUGCCUUGUUGGAUGGAAUCACCAUUGGGGCUGCAUUACUGCCAUCUCUGAAAGCAGAAUACAAAAUGGGUCGGAUGAAAAGCCAUGGCAUGACGGGAGCACAAACCCGGUUCACAUUUGAGCUGCCCAAUCACAGAUUGCGCUUCACAUCCAAAGUCACACCUAUUGAUAUGGCCACUUUGCCACCGUCAGCCAGCCUCAACCUCCCGCAGGUCACCAUGUCCGGAGAAUACAUCAUGGAGGAACAUGAGAGUUACCCAGAGCAACCAUGGAGCACAGAUGAGUUCCCUUUGAAACAAGGCAGCUAUCUGCAGGGAAACUAUUUGCGCUGUGUGGCUGAGAUUGGAUCCUUUGAACAUAACUUAACAACAGAUCUUCUGAAUCAGCUAGUGUUUGUACAAAAAGUCUUCAUGAAGGAGGUCAAUGAAGUCAUUCAGAAAGUCUCAGGAGGUGAGCAGCCAAUCCCACUGUGGAAUGAACAUGAUAUUUUGUUGGAUGGAGAGAAGCCAAAAAUUCUGCUCUACGCUUUGAGUCUGAAGUUUAAGGGCAUACAGGUUACAGCAACUACCCCUUCUAUGAGAGCAGUAAGAUUGGAGACUGGACUUAUUGAGCUGGAGCUUUCAAAUCGCAUCCAAACCAAGACCCAACCUGGUGCAGCCCGGAAUAGCAACUAUCUGAAAUUGUUCGGUAAAUGUCAAGUUGAUUUAAACUUGGCGUUGGGACAGAUUGUCAAGCAUCAGGUCUAUGAAGAAGCCGGUUCAGACUUCCACCAGGUAGCAUAUUUUAAAACACGGAUUGGGUUGAGGAAUGCACUGCAAGAAGAGAUCAGUAGCUCUUUUGACAGAGAAGCCGUUCUGAUCACACUGAGUCGGCCGAUAAUAUAUGCACAACCUGUAGCGUUUGACAGAGCUGUUCUGUUCUGGCUGAACUACAAAGCUGCUUACGACAACUGGAACGAGCAGCGCCUGGCAUUACACAAGGACAUACAUGUUGCUACAAAAGAAGUAGUAGACAAGCUACCUGGAAUCCAACAGACUUCUGCCCAAGCAUUUGGCACACUAUUUCUGCAGCUGACUGUGAAUGAUUUGGGCAUCUGCUUACCUAUUACCAGCACCAUACAGACAAAUCACAAUAUUGACCUUGAUCCUGGCUCUGCUUUGGUUCUCACCAUUGAGAGCACUCUGAUUACUGCCUGCUCCUCUGAAUCCCUCGUCAGCAAAGGUCAUUUCAAAAACUUCUGCAUACGUUUUGCUGAUGGUUUUGAAACUAGCUGGGAUGACUGGAAGCCAGAAGUGCGUGGAAAUAUGAUAAUGAAUGCCUGUGUGGUGCCAGAUGGAACAUAUGAAGUAUGUUCACGGACUACAGGGCAGCCUUCUGCAGACAGCAGUAGUGCAGGAACUUGGACGCUGAAUGUUUUGUGGAAAAUGUGUGGUAUCGAGGUGCACAUGGACCCCAAUAUAGGCAAAAGACUGAAUGCCUUGGGUAAUACAAUGACGACUCUGACAGGAGAGGAAGAUAUUGAUGACAUCGCUGAUUUAAACUCCGUUAACAUGGCUGAUUUAUCAGAUGAAGAUGAACCUGACAGCAUGUCUCCCACGAUUAGCAUUCAUUCAGAUGGAAACGCAAUAAAUGGUGACUUUGUUAAGCUUUCACUUGGGAAACGACUUGUAAACCAACUCCUUGGUCUGGGCCCCGAACAUCACCGUUAUUCAGUUCCUGCAGAGUUUCUGUCUAGCGUUGAGACCUGUGACUCACCAAAUUCUCACUGUUUACACAAAAAAGCCUGGCGAUCUCGCUCUUGGGAUAGCGAAAACUCUGAUUAUCGACGGCAAGGCAUAGCCGGGAGCCAAGGCAUCGACCAAAGAGGAAGGAAAUUUAUCAAACGUUUAGUGGACAUCAGGGAACUUAAUGAACAAGCCAAAGUUAUUGAUGACCUUAAAAAACUGGGAGCGAGUGAAGGAACAAUAAACCAAGAAAUCCAACGUUACCAACAGCUGGAAUCUGUUGCUGUGAAUGAUAUCCGGAGAGAUGUUCGGAAAAAACUCCGGCGUUCCAGCAUGAGAGCGGCAUCCCUGAAAGAUAAAUGGGGUCUGGGCUAUAAACCCAGUUACAAUAGAUCUAAGAGUAUCGCAACUUCCAACAGACAGUCCUUAAGAAGACUAGAGAGAGCAAGUACUAGAGUGGGUGACGCAGAUGAAGUUCCUGAAAACCAAAAUCAAGAGACUUCUGGACAUGGACCAAAAGUGACAUUUAAAGUACCGGACACGCUGAGUGAUACAGCUUUGGGCCUUAGAAUGCAAGGCAACACCACUGAGGAAGGGUAUUUUCAGUUCCCUGAGGAGACAGAAUAUGACCUGUUGUCAGUCACCGUUGACAGUCCGAUUCAUUAUUCACCCAUCAGUGAACAUUCUGUGUUCAGUUCACCCAACACCCCACAUGUCUUUUCACAAAGACUUGCCUUCCAGCUGGAUGAUGUCAGACGAGACGACAGUCUGUCGUCUUCCAGUGAAGACUCUGACCGGGAAGACGAGUACGAGCGAGAAAGAGAAAGAUCUCAAAGCAACAGGCGGACGCCACAUGCCAUGCGCAAAAAGGUUGGUGGGUUAUCUGCGAUGCAGCAGCUCUUCAGUGACCGAUGGCCCACAACACCGAUAGCCAGAUCUUCGUUAAAUGCUGCAACAGAAAGAAACAUUGAUUUUGACCUCGAUAUUAGAGUUGAGAUCGACAGUGGCAAAUGCGUACUGCAUCCAACUACACAGCAACAAGAACAUGAGGAAAUCAAUUUAAAAAGAAGCCACGAAAAGAGCUCAAAAAAUCUGGAGCAGGAAUCGCCACCAAAAAAGAAGCUUCUGGCAAAUUUUCAAUCGAGCUCGUACAUCCUGAGCGGAAGGAAAGUGCCACAUUCUCUUCAGACCAAGAGUACAGACUUUGAAACGACAGUGUUUUAUAUUCCAGGAGUUGAUGUGAAGUUACAUUACAACUCCAAAACACUGAGGACAGAUUCACCAAAUGCUUCAAGAGGAUCCUCUUUGACCAGAACUUUGUCCAAAGAAUCCAAACUAUAUGGUAUGAAAGAUACUGGCUUUGCUCCUCCAUCUACUCCUAACUACAAGACUAACAUUCUGCUUCCUCCCCAACCCCCACCUACACCCUCAGCGAAAGGAAAAGCAACUGGAGGAGUGAAAACAGCAAAGCUUUACGCUUGGGUAGCUCUGCAGUCCCUUCCUGAGGAGAUGGUAAUCAGUCCUUGCUUGCUGGAUUUUGUGGAGAAAGCUCUGGAAACCAUUCCCAUCACUCCAAUUGACAGGAAUUACCCGACUCUCAGCUCUCAUGAUGAAGAUGUGGGGCAAUUUGAUCUUCAAGAUCAUUUGGAGGAAUCAACAACCUCCCUCGUGUCAUCAUCUGCGUCGGCAUACACCUCAUUUCCUGUGGAUGUUGUUGUGUACGUGAGGGUACAGCCUUCGCAGAUCAAGUUCAGCUGUUUGCCAGUAUCGCGAGUGGAGUGUAUGCUGAAGCUGCCCUCCCUGGACCUGGUGUUCUCCUCCAACAGAGGUGAAUUGGAAACCCUGGGCGUCUCUCAUGCAGAUGUAACUCACGGGUCUGCCACCAAUAUACCACUUGCUCAGACAGUAUUAAAGUCUUCAGCUAACAAGACAGGUCCAUCGAGUGGAUUAGGAAGCCCUCUUGGAAGAAGCCGACAUAGCAGCAGCCAAUCCGAUCUCACUUAUCCCAGCACCAGCUCAUCAGGCUUGAGUUUUACAGCUUGUAUGUCUGAUUUUUCCUUAUAUGUGUUUCACCCAUAUGGAACUGGGAAACAGAAAACAACCGUCGGUGGUCUGACCCCUGGAUCAAGUGUUCUAGGUAUCACUGAUGAAGAUGCUGCCUCUGUCACUGGCCGUAAGGAUUCUCUGAGCAUUAAUCUUGAAUUUGUGAAAGUGAGCUUAUCUCGAAUGAGACGCUCUGGAGGAGCUUCGUUCUUUGACAGCCAAACGUCACUCAAAGGAGGCGGCAAGAUGGAGACCACGCUGAUUAACAUAUCUGCUGUAUGUGACAUAGGAUCGGCCUCUUUCAAGUACGACAUGCGGCGCCUUAGUGAAAUUCUAGCCUUCCCGAGGGCCUGGUAUAGGAGAAGUAUUGCUAGACGUCUCUUCCUAGGCGAUCAGACAAUCAAUUUACCAGCUUCUGGGCCUGUAACUCCAGAUUCCAUUGAAGGUGUAAAUCAGCAUCUUUCUCCUGAGUCAACUCGUAAAGCUUACUGGAGAACCUGGGACCAGUCAGCACAGGCGUCAAAUUAUCAGCAUAUGGCUCAGACAAAUGUCUUCAACGAUCACACAACAUCUAGUAAUACCUCACCAGCUGGUCUUGCUCACAGUAUGAAAUCUCCUUCAGCAACCAGGUCAAGGAGUAUCUCUGACUCAUCUGUUACGAGGAGAGAUUCCAUUACCAAAACCUCUACCCCUACAUUCACGAAGACUGGGAAGGUGGCAAGCCAUCACGGUGCACCCUGGGAGACUCUGGUUGUUUUUGCAAUCAACCUGAAACAAUUAAAUGUGCAAAUGAAUAUGAGUAAUGUUAUGGGAAACACCACAUGGACAACGAGUGGGUUGAAAAGCCAAGGUCGAUUGUCAGUGGGGAGCAACAGAGACCGAGAAAUCUCAAUGUCUGUUGGUUUGGGAAGGUCACAACUAGAUUCCAAAGGUGGUGUGGUUGGUGGCACCAUAGAUGUGAACACAUUGGAGAUGGUUGUACACAUCUCGGAACACCCCAAUCACCAACCCAGUCACAAAAUCCAGAUCACACUGGGCUCCACUGAUGCUCGAGUGGAUUAUAUGGGAUCCAGUAUUCUGAUGGGAAUUUUCAGCAAUGCAGAUCUUCAGCUGCAAGAUGAGUGGAAAGUUCAUCUUUAUAAUAGUGUCGACUCAAACUUGACUGAAAAAAGCGAAAUCUUUGUUCACGGAGAUCUGCAAUGGGACAUCUUCCAGGUCAUGAUCUCUCGAUCAACCACCCCAGAUCUGAUUAAAAUUGGAUUGAAACUGCAGGAAUUUUUCACACAGCAAUUUGAUACCAGCAAACGAGUCCUGGCUACCUGGGGACCAGUGCUAUACAUACCCCCAAAAACACCAGUGAUUAAUGUGGAGCGGAGUUCCAAUGAGCACUUACUGGGUGCUGCCCAUCAUCGCCACUGGCCAGAAGUGUUAAAGGUGAUCGCUGGCUGCCACAUCUCCUUGUUUCAGAUACCGUUGCCUGAAGACGCAGUACAGCUGGGUGGAUCUAUGAGCCUGCAUGGCAAUCACAUGACUCUUGCCUGUUUUCACGGACCCAAUUUCCGCUCAAAAUCGUGGGCUUUGUUCCACCUUGAAGAGCCCAACAUUGCUUUCUGGACUGAGGCUCAGAAAAUCUGGGAAGAUGGGGCGAGUGACCACUCAACAUACAUUGUACAAACCCUGGACUUUCACUUGGGCCACAACACAAUGGUUACAAAACCUGGAGGUGCCUUAGAAAGUCCAAUGGCAACAAUCACCAAAAUAACAAGACGUCGUCAUGAAAAUCCACCACAUGGUGUUGCAAGUGUGCAGGAAUGGUUCAACUAUGUGACUGCCAUGAGGAACGAAGAACUGAAUCUUCUUCGAAACGUUGAUUCUCACACUGCAGACAGUAAAACGUCUCUUAAGAGCUCCAACAUGAUGAGUGGGUUCCGAGGAACUGCCAGUUACAGCCAUGAAACUGAGACAAUCUUUGCCUUGCCAAGGAUGCAGCUGGACUUUAAAUCUAUACACAUGCAGGAACCUCAAGAACCACUGCUGCAAGAUCCCAACAGUAAGCCAAAGGUGGAGUGCAGUGUUGUGACCGAAUUCACUGAUCACAUUUGUGUGACCAUGGAUGCUGAACUGAUUAUGUUCUUACAUGACCUUGUAUCUGCUUAUUUGAAAGAGAAAGAAAAAGCUAUUUUCCCUCCUCGAGUUCUUGCCAUUCGCCCCGGCCAGAAAAGUCCCAUUACAGUUCACGAUGACAGUUCCACAGACAAAGACAAGGAAGAUGUGAUCUACACAACUGUGGACUGGAGAGAGUUUGUUUGCAAUACCUGGCAUCUGGAACCCACCUUAAGGUUAAUUUCUUGGACAGGAAGGAAGAUUGACCCAGUAGGAGUGGACUACAUUCUUCAAAAACUGGGCUUUCAUCAUGCCAGAAUCACUAUUCCCAAGUGGGUCCAGCGUGGGGUCAUGGAUCCACUUGAUAAGGUUCUCUCCGUUCUUAUUAAAAAACUCGGCGUAGCACUGCAGGAUGAAAAAGAGAGGAAAGGAAAGGACAAGGAAGAACAUCCGAAAUAGCAGCUUGACCCAGGUUUUUGGUACCAUUGUAAAUUUCACUCGUAGGUUUGGAGUCUUCUGUAUAUUAUAUCCUUUUGAGCAAUGCAUCGGUCAGCGUUUAAUGUUUUUUUUAUAGAACUCAAAUUCGCAACAAAAUCAACUGGAAAACAUUUGCUUCUUGUACUGUAAUUUAAAAACCGAGACUGCUGUUUUGUUAUGAAUGUACAUAUGAGUGUAGAUGUUUACUAUGGUGCAUGCUGCCAUUCUAAACUGGUCGGUUAAGAGUCUUGCACAAUUAUUGAUAUUUGUGUGUAUAUAAAGUACGGUGAGAGUGUCAAAAUGCUGCCUAGCAUUCCCAUUUUUAUUGUGAUUAUGUGCAAUAUAUUUAGUGUUCUUGUAUUACAAUUACCAAAUUGAAUAUUAACUGUGAAUUUACUUUUUUUUUCAUAACACUUUAAAUACCUGCUGUUCUUGAUAUGUUGUUAAUAAGAUGUUCCUUGUGAUGCUUAAGUGAAUUGUACUGAUAUGAAUAAAGAUAAAUGUGCUAUUAAAGCCAGUAUACCACAAUUGUCCAGAUUUUCUCAACAAAUAUGCACAGCUAACCCUCAUAAGCACCACCUGUGAAUGUGUCAGAAUAAAUUUGUUGAACUUGAA